CUCUUCUUCGCUCUUUCCCCCCCGUAGUCUGAUGAAGAAGAGGAAAUGGAGGUAUCACAGUCUGUUUCUGUGUCUCUGUCAUGACACUCUCUUCACUGACCUUCCCCCUGUCUCUGUCAUGACACUCUCUUCACUGACCUUCCCCCUGUCUCUGUCAUGACACUCUCUUCACUGACCUUCCCCCUGUCUCUGUCAUGACACUCUCUUCACUGACCUUCCCCCCUGUCUCUGUCAUGACACUCUCUUCACUGACCUUCCCCCUGUCUCUGUCAUGACACUCUCCUUCACUGACCUUCCCCCCUGUCUCUGUCAUGACAUGACCUUCCCCCUGUCUCUGUCAUGACACUCUCUUCACUGACCUUCCCCCUGUCUCUGUCAUGAACACCUCUCUUCACUGACCUUCCUCCAUCUCUGUCAUGACACUCUCUUCACUGACCUUCCCCCUGUCUCUGUCAUGACACUCUCUCACUGACCUUCCCCUGUCUCUGUCAUGACACUCUCUUCACUGACCUUCCCCCUGUCCUCUGUCAUGACACUCUCUUCACUGACCUUCCCCCUGUCUCUGUCAUGACACUCUCUUCACUGACCUUCCCCCUGUCUCUGUCAUGACACUCUCUUCACUGACCUUCCUCCAUCUCUGUCAUGACAUUCUCUUCACUGACCUUCCCCCCUGUCUCUGUCAUGACACUCUUUUCACUGACCUUCCCCCUGUCUCUGUCAUGACACUCUCUUCACUGACCUUCCCCCUGUCUCUGUCAUGACACUCUCUUCAACUGACCUUCCCCCUGUCUCUGUCAUGACACUCUCUUCACUGACCUUCCCCCUGUCUCUGUCAUGACACUCUCUUCACUGACCUUCCCCCUGUCUCUGUCAUGACACUCUCUUCACUGACCUUCCCCCUGUAUCUGUCAUGACACUCUCUUCACUGACCUUCCUCCAUCUCUGUCAUGAAACUCUCUUCACUGACCUUCCCCCUGUCUCUGUCAUGACACUCUCUUCACUGACCUUUCCCCCUGUCUCUGUCAUGACACUCUCUUCACUGACCUUCCCCCUGUCUCUGUCAUGACACUCUCUUCACUGACCUUCCCCCUGUCUCUGUCAUGACACUCUCUUCACUGACCUUCCCCCUGUCUCUGUCAUGACACUCUCUUCACUGACCUUCCCCCUGUCUCUGUCAUGACACUCUCUUCACUGACCUUCCCCCUGUCUCUGUCAUGACACUCUCUUCACUGACCUUCCCCCUGUCUCUGUCAUGACACUCUCUUCACUGACCUUCCCCCUGUCUCUGUCAUGACACUCUCUUCACUGACCUUCCCCCUGUCUCUGUCAUGACACUCUCUUCACUGACCUUCCUCCAUCUCUGUCAUGACACUCUCUUCACUGACCUUCCCCCUGUCUCUGUCAUGACACUCUCUUCACUGACCUUCCCCCUGUCUCUGUCAUGACACUCUCUUCACUGACCUUCCCCCUGUCUCUGUCAUGACACUCUCUUCACUGACCUUCCUCCAUCUCUGUCAUGACACUCUCUUCACUGACCUUCCCCCUGUCUCUGUCAUGACACUCUCUUCACUGACCUUCCCCCUGUCUCUGUCAUGACACUCUCUUCACUGACCUUCCCCCCAUCUCUGUCAUGACACUCUCUUCACUGACCUUCCCAUUGUCUCUGUCAUGACACUCCCUUCACUGACCUUCCCCCUGUCUAUUAUUGGCUGUCUGUUUUCCUCUCAACUUUGGUCUGUGUGUUGUAGUCAUCUAACACUGAUUGGUUGGCAAUUCACAUACUGUUGUCCAUUGUUGCCAAGCAACACCUGUGAAGCUAUUUUGACUCUGUACUGUUUGAGAGGUUUUCAUACAGAAUAACAGUUGUGUGACAAUGUAUUUCUUUAUGUGUGGAUUCUAACAGCUUCUAUCUCUCUCAAUGUCAUUCUAAAUGAUGCUUUAUCUCUAGGGAUAUUCUAUCUCGCAAGGUCUAUCUCUACAAAAAACCACUCCCUGUCUCCCCAGGGCUGGGACUAGUCGAUCUUGCUCUAGAUCUCCCCUUAUAUUCUCAUCUCUCUCUCUCUCUCUUCUCUCUAUCCUCUUCCUUCUCUUACUCCCUUCUCUCUCGCUCUCUCACCCAGUCUCCAGGGUGGUUGUUAAGAGCAGCAGUGCCCCUGGUGGCGGGGUGGGAGCUUGCAGCCUCAGGGUCUGGGCAUACGAGGAUGCUGCUGCAGAGCAUGAGUUCAUGAAGGCAGUACUGAAGACCAGCCUGCAGGGCGGGCGACAGAGAGACAUCAGGGGUGCCGGGGCUACGCACAGUACCAAGUGCAGAGACACCAUGCAGAGGAACGGGAGGGAGAGGAUCACACAUGCAGGAGUGCACCCUCACACACAGCAGGCAGCAGGGCACAGAGAUUGGGUCUUUACUCUCUGUUAAUAUCUCGCUAGGCUCCAGUCACCAUAUAACGCUCAGCUCGCGCUCGGUACUAGGACCUAGCGCUGCUGUCUGUCGAUCGAGACUAUCGAGCGCGAGGCGGCUACGAGAGAGCCUCGAGCGAGACCGCGCGGGAGCGCUAGCUGGCGCCGAACGCGAAGCGACCGGCCCUCCGAGACGCGCACUUUGCGAGGCGCGCCGGCGAGCGCCGAAGACGGGGCCGCGCUCAGCGCCUCCGAGGCGGGUCGCGCGCGCCUAGCGCGCCGAUUCGCACGCGAGCGCGACUCUCUCUCUCUCUCCGACCUCUUCUAUCUCUCCCUCUCUCUCUCUCUCUCUCUCUCUCUCUCCUCUCUCUCUCUCUCUCUCUACCUCUACCUCUCCAACCUCUCUCUCCUUCUCUCCGUCAGGUCGUGUACAACAGGCAUGGACGCCUCCCGCAGCAGUGGGGGUGGAGUCUCAGAGGUUAGAUGAUGAUGAGGCUGACGAGAUCAUGGAUCGCAUCGUGAGGUCAGCCACUCAGGGCCCCAGUCAGAGAGCAGUGCCCCGGGAGAGGAGGAGAUCACGAGCCAACCGCAAAUCACGUAUGUCCUCACUCACAGUCAAUCACAUUUGGUCUUACUCACACCAGGAACCAAUCAUGAGACUCCGGCUGCACGACGAACCACUUUUACGCCAGCCCAGCUCUAAAAACGAUGGGUUAAUCUAAUCAAGGGUGUGGGUUUUGGAGAAUGAUGUAGGGCUGAAACAAAAGCCUGCUCACUCUGCAACUCUCCAGCAUUAAAACCCAGCCUUUAGUUAUCAGGUUUAGUCAUGAGAAUAUAUAUUUAUUUACAGAUAACCAGAGCAUACUCAUGAUGCCUUUCUCGCUCUGUGUGUGUGUGUGUGUGCGGGCGUCCGUGCGUGUGUGUGUGUGUGUUGUUGUGUGUGUGUGUGUGUGUGUAGUGAGGCGGACUCUGAAGAGCGGUCUGACUCCAGAGGAAACCCUACUCCUUGGACUCUCCGACGCCUCCGAGAUGCCAAUG